CGCCAAACACGCCGAGCGAGGCAUGGUCAACCCGGUCAACAACAUGCCCGAGCUCGCCCAGGCCCAGUCGCAGGGCCAGAAGAUGCACCUCCCGCUCGAGCGCACAAUGUCGUCCAUCCCGCGCGCCGCCUCGGGCUCGUCGUCGUCCCCGAUGGCCUGCCCCGUCGCACACGGCUCGUCCGACGCGCCCGAUGCGCCCAAGGACCCCGCCGCGUCGGCCAAGGUCGACCAGUGGGAGUACCCGAGCCCGCAGCAGUUCUACAACGCCCUCGUGCGCAAAGGGUGGGAGACGCCCGAGGAGAGCGUCGAGAUGAUGGUCAGCAUCCACAACUGGAUCAACGAGGAGGCGUGGGCCCAGGUCCGCCAGUGGGAGGAGAAGCACCCCGGCGGCGACCGAUCAUCUCUCGCAGCGUUCACCGGACGGCCGCAGGACCUGUCGCCCAAGGCGCGCUACCACCUCUUCAUGGCCAAGCUCUUCCCGAGCAGCUAUGCCUCGAUCCGGCCCUUUGACCGUCACGACUGGACGAUCCACCGCCCGACGGCGUCCGGCGCCGGCGGCUCGUCGUACAUGUCGGGCGGCUCGACUCAGCCCUACACGGCUCGGCGAUACGUCAUCGACUACUACCACCUCCCGAACGACGAGGACGGCAACCCGGUCUUCUCGCUCGACGUCCGCCCCGCCGUCGACGACCUCGCGGCGGUCCAGGAGCGCAUCGCCAAGUGGUGGGACCUCAAGAAGGAGACCGUCUUUGGCUCGACGGGCGGCGCGAGCAACUUGCCGCCCGGCGUCAGGGUGCAGGAGGAGCGGUGAGACGAGCGGGCGAGGACGACUCUCGAGGCGGCGAGGACUUGAGCGAGUCGGGUGGAGCGCGAGCGCGCCCAGUACAUGUUGCAACUAUCUCUGCAUUCUCCCCUCU